CUAAUCCCUCUGUGUGCGUGGAAUAUUACAGGACACUGAGCCCCUUACAUAGCCGGCAAUGCAGCGUCACCAUACGUACCUAGCUGUCAACACUACUUGGAGGUACAUCUAAACACGAUUUACUCCUUUUUUGAAGAUUUUGGAAGUUCAGGAGUGUAAUAUCCAUUCGUGUUUGUGAAUGCAGAUUUGGUGACGAGGGCCCUGAUGUGCAGCGCGAUCCUUUCCAUGCCAUGGACCCUUUGGGCGCCAGGUCGUGUUACGUGGAUGUGGACACUCUCCCAUGCUGGUCGGAGGGUCUGCCCGAAGAAGAUGUGCCGGAUUCCUCAUGUCUCGACAGCCAGAGCUGAGCCGGGGGGCUCGCUCUCCGUUCCCUUACCGGGAAGACAUCAAUGAGAAGAUUGUGUUAUGGUGAGUGAGAGUGUAAAAGAUAUUGGGGGGGUUCAGGAGAACAAUUAUGAAAAUGAGCUGUUGUGUUCCCUGAGUAUUCUACAGACUUGUAAACAUUGUAAUGUCCGUAUUCCCUUCAGUGUAAAAGAUAUUGGGGGGGUUGGUUAAUUGCCCCCUCCAGUGUGAGCUGUUGUGUUCUCGAGUAUUCUACAGACAGCAGUUGGCAUUGUAAUGUCCGUAUCCCUUUAUGUAAAAGAUAUUGGCCCUUUUAAUAUGUAAAUCCUCCAGUGUGAGGGGGGGUUAAUAGCCCCCUCCAGUGUGAGCUGCUGUGUUCCCUGAGUAUUCUACAGGCAGCAGUUACAUUGUAAUGUCCGUACCCCUUUAUUGUAAAAGAUAUUGGGGGUGGGGGUUGGUUAAUAGCCCCCUCCAGUGUGAGCUGCUGUGUUCCCUGAGUAUUCUACAGACAGCAGUUACAUUGUAAUAUCCGUAUCCCUUUAGUGUAAAAGAUAUUGGGGGGGUUGGUUAAUAGCCCCCUCCAGUGUGAGCUGCUGUGUGCCCAGAGUAUUCUACAGACAGCAGUUACAUUGUAAUGUCCGUAUCCCUUUAGUGUAAAAGAUAUUGGGGGGUUUGGUUAAUUGCCCCCUCCAGUGUGAGCUGCUGUGUGCCCAGAGUAUUCUACAGACAGCAGUUACAUUGUAAUGUCCGUAUCCCUUUAUUGUAAAAGAUAUUGGGGGUUUGGUUAAUAGCCCCCUCCAGUGUGAGCUGCUGUGUUCCCUGAGUAUUCUUCAGGCAGCAGUCUGACACCUUAUAAGAAUUGUACAAGGGGUUAAUACGGAUAUCUUGUCUAAUACAGAGAUGUAACUGCUGGUAGGAAAGAUAAGCCAGAAUUAUAAUAACAAAAAACAACAAGUAAUGGGCUGCGAUGGUGCCCUGCAAUAAGCGUUCAUUGUGUGAAUCAGAGUCCCAUCCUGCAGAACCAGUAAUAUAGCAGGUUAAAUUAUCGUUGGAAGCCUCGCGAUCUGAGUGGUUUAGGAAUGUAUAACCACUCUCAGGACUCUGUGCCAGCCUGGCCUAGCAAGGCAUUCAGCGAACAUUAAUAAACCCAGUCAAUCUGUCUCUGUGAUGGGUAUAACUUGUCUGUCUGUCUGUCCCAGGGCUGGCGACGUAGCGUUACUGAACUGCACCGCAGUGGUUAAUACCAGCAAUGAGACGCUUACUGACAAGAAUCCUGUGUCUGACAGUAUAUUCCGCUACUCCGGGUCCGAGCUGCUCGAGGAAAUGCCAAAACUGAAAGGUGAGCCUGAAACAAAGUGCCUGCCAAUGGCGACAUUCUCUCAUGGUAGCUGCGUAUUGCAACCAAAGCCAGGAUCCAGCGCACACAUGCACCGGGAAUAUGGUGGACUACUUAGUAACAACCGGUGCUUGCCCUCGCUAUGUGCACAGCCCCCGGUUACAUUUCUGCUGUUUUUUUUUUUUAUCCUUAUUGGAGACAAUAUAAACGUAAUCUUUCUGAGGGCAGGACCGCCACCCUUUGUUUAAAGGAGCAGUAAUGCCAUGUCAGCUGACCGGUUACCUCCUUUGUGCAUUUUGGGGGAAUUCUUGGAUAAAUCACUGGGAGUGGAACAGCUAACACAGUCGUAACAUUCUGUUGUUUCAGGCCAUAUUGACUUCUGUCUGAAUGCCAGUGCAUAUAAUCUUUAAAGGGUUGCUCCAACCACCAUAACCACUUCAGUGAAUUGAGAUAUUCGUAAUCGUGUGCUGGAGGCUAGUAGCACCCCAGCACACGUGAAAUUGGCAGCCCAGAAUUCUGUUCCGAACAGCCUAAUGUAAUUUCUGUGUAUAAAUAAUGUGUGCCACUGCACACUGGCGACAGACGUGAUAAUGUUUUCCCUUGUGGCCAGAGUACCUGAGAGGGAAGCUAGAUUUCCACUCCCACAGUGCGCUCCCUCUGUUACAUAGUUAUUUAAACAAACUCCCUCCCCUCACUGACCUAGAGCACACAUUUGCUCUGUGCCAGCUAAAUUGUCUAAUCACCGGCUUCUCUAUGCGAUUCCUGUGAUUGGACCGCGCUGUCCCUGUGACGUCGGAGCGGUUGUAGUAGAUCAGUGCCGGGAGCUUUAUCCAGCGCUGGCUUCCAGGUGAGUAAAUCCUGUAUUUUGCAGGUUUAGAAGGGUCAGAGUAAGCAGUUAAUACUUCUGUUCAGAGAAGAGGUAACGCCCUGUUUGGAUUGUGUUCAAGUAAUAAGAUUGAGUGGGGUCUGCGGACUGUGAUUUUCACAUAUAAUCUACUCUCUCCUUUCCGUCCUUUUAAUUGGCAGGUUGCAGGACGGGGGAAGCCAAACUAACCAAAGGGUUCGGUCUGGCGGCUCGUUACAUCAUCCACACUGUGGGUCCGAAGUACAAGACCAAAUACCGCACGGCAGCUGAGAGCUCCCUGUACAGCUGCUAUCGGAAUGUCCUCCAACUGGCUAAGUAAUAUGCUCCUCAUGGGCGGUGCUGUGGGGGGAUCAGGUGGUCUGCCAAAUAGCACUAAUUAAGGGGAACGCACUCUUACUAUAGCAGAUGCUUGGUGAUAUAAUAGGGCAAGAAGCAAAGGAAGUUUCUAUUUCCCAGAGUGCUCUGGGGGAGUCAGGCCUACAUGUGUGGUUCACAGCCUGGCAGUGGAGUUUCCGGGAGAUGCCCACACAGCCUGGCAGUUUCCAUACUUUGCUUGCUGCCAGUCUAGGUACGUCUGAUCUACCUGCAGGUUUGGUAGAAGGGUGCAUUAUUGCAGAUUGAUAAAGUAUUAUUCAGACAGCGUAUUAUCUGUGCAAUCUCGCUCAGCCAAUACAUGGUUUAAUACAUGGAUGAAUUGAUAUGGGUAGAACACAAUUCCAGCAAGGGAUGACCGGGCCAUUGUACCUUGAGAUCCCCACAUUUUGGUGAAGCUGUUUUACCGUAUGAUCAAGGAUUGACUGUCCGUAACCAAAUGUCAGUAUAACAUUGACACCAGUACGUUGUAGUUAUGGUACCUAGAUGGCUCCUAUAAACCAUGAUUACAGACUUGGUUUUAACUUCCUGAUGGCAUUUUCGGGUGAUACAUCCACCGAAAAGCCACCUCCUUACCGAUACCAGGGAUACCAAACUAUUCCUAAAGAUUUCACCCCCUUGUGUUCCAGUAAAGAAUAAAGAAAUAAACUCAAAAAUGUAUAUUUACAUAAUUCAAAUUGUAGGUAUCUCUAAACAUUGGUUUAAACCCAGAAUCUUCUGUUCAUGUGCUCGCUGGGCAUCAUGGGUUUCAAACAAAUGUUUGCUUUUUUUAAAGCAACGUUUUUUUUGCUUGUAUAGCAGGGGUUAAUGUGAGGUAGGCAGUGGGAAAUUAACCCUUUGUUUGUCACUCCCCAGCAGUGUGGAGUCUGUUACUCGGAGGGCUUAGAGUAAAAGCAUUCUCCUCUAUUCGCCAUCCCCCACUCCCUGCUGGGCACAUGGAAUGGGCCGAGUCAUCGGCACAGUGGCAGUUUUGGCACCCUCGUGACACUUGCAGAAUCCAGCUGCUGGGUGUGAUGAGCAUGUGAUCUGAGGUCUGAUAUCUUAACUCUACCAGCCGAGCAAAGACGAACUUCCUGAAACACAGCCGUUGUAGCACAGCUUGAACACUUCAAGCAAUGCAUUGUGGUUCUAAUCAUCCCACUGCAAGACCCAGGCCAUCCAUGCCGGGUCCACAACUGCCACCCGAUGGCUGAGUUUUCCUUGCAGAUGCCCACAAAGCCGGGCAGAGCAGAAAAAAAAGUAAAUUAGACUAUGUGGGAGAUGCCCACACAGUCUGUCAGAGCAGAGUUACUGGGAAAUGCCCACACAGCCGGGCAGAGUGGGGAUACUGAGAGAUGCCCACACAGACUGGCAGAGCAGGGUUACUGGAAGAUUCCCACACAGCCUGGCAGUAGGGUAACUGGGAGAUGCCCACACAGCCUGGUAGAGAUGGGUUACUGGGAGAUGCCCACACAGCCUGGUAGAGCAUGGUUACUGGGAGAUGUCCACACAGCCUGGUAGAUCAGGGUUACUGGGAGAUGCCCACACAGCCUGGUAGAUCGGGUUACUGGGAGAUGCCCACACAGACUGGCAGAGUGGGGAUACUGGGAGAUGCCCACACAGACUGGCAGAGCGGGUUACUGGGAGAUGCCCACACAGACUGGCAGAGCGGGUUACUGGGCGAUGCCCACACAGACUGGCAGAGCAGGGUUUCUGGGAGAUGCCCACACAGACUGACAGAGCAGGGUUUCUGGGAGAUGCCCACACAUCCUGGCAGAGCAGGGUUUCUGGGAGAUGCCCACACAGACUGGCAGAGCAGGGUUACCGGGAGAUGCCCACACAGCCUGGCAGUGGGGUGACCGGGAGAUGCCCACACAGCCUAGCAGUGGGGUGACCGGGAGAUGCCCACCCAGCCUGGCAGUGGGGUGACCGGGGGAUGCCCACCCAGCCUGGCAGUGGGGUGACCGGGGGAUGCCCACCCAGCCUGGCAGUGGGGUGACCGGGGGAUGCCCACCCAGCCUGGCAGAGCAGGGUGACUGGGGGAUGCCCACACAGCCUGGCAGAGCAGGGUUACUGGGAGAUGCCCACACAGCCUGGCAGAGCAGGGUUACUGGGAGAUGCCCACACAGCCUGGCAGUAGGGUUACUGGGAGAUGCCCACACAGCCUGGCAGUAGGGUUACUGGGAGAUGCCCACACAGCCUGGUAGAGAUGGGUUACUGGGAGAUGCCCACACAGCCUGGUAGAGCAUGGUUACUGGGAGAUGCCCACACAGACUGGUAGAUCGGGUUACUGGGAGAUGCCCACACAGACUGGUAGAGCAUGGUUACUGGGAGAUGCCCACACAGACUGGUAGAUCGGGUUACUGGGAGAUGCCCACACAGACUGGCAGAGUGGGGAUACUGGGAGAUGCCCACACAGACUGGCUGAGCGGGUUACUGGGCGAUACCCACACAGCCUGGCAGAGCGUGGUUACUGGGAGAUGCCCACACAGCCUGGCAGAGCGUGGUUACUGGGAGAUGCCCACCGAUAUUGGGGUUCUGUGACGUAAUUAGCGUAGGACCCACCGAUAUUGAGGUACUGUUACGUAAUUAGUGUAGGACCCAUCGCUAUUGGGGUACUGUGACGUAAUUAGUGUAGGACCCAUCGCUAUUGGGGUACUGUUACAUAAUUAGUAUAGGACCUAAUGAUAUUUUGGUACUCUGACUUAAUUAGUGUAGGACCCACCGAUAUUGGGGUACUGUGACGUAAUUAGUGUAGGACCCAUCGCUAUUGGGGUACUGUGUGUGGUGGUGCUUGGGUUGUUGGGGUGCUGUGGUAGGUGGUGUGGGACCCACGUAUUGUUGGGUACUGUGGUGGUGGUGUGGGACCCACACCAUGUCAGGGGUACUGUGGUGGUGGAGUGUAGGACCCACCGCUAUUGGGGUACUGUGACGUAAUUAGUGUAGGACCCACCGCUAUUGGGGUACUGUGACGUAAUUAGUGUAGGACCCAUCGCUAUUGGGGUACUGUGACGUAAUUAGUGUAGGACCCAUCGCUAUUGGGGUACUGUGACGUAAUUAGUGUAGGACCCAUCGCUAUUGGGGUACUCUGACGUAAUUAGUGUAGGACCCAUCGCUAUUGGGGUACUGUGACGUAGUGGUGUGCGUAGCACAAUAUGGCCAUAUGGUGGAAUUGAAUCCUCAUAUUUGCUGAGAUAGGUUAUUUUAAAUAGCUUUUCAAAAUGUAAAACUGUCUUUUUAUGCGUGCGCUGUUCCUUAUUCUGUAUUUUGUGAAUAUUUUGGUCUCUGUGGCAGCACCACUACGGUAAUUGCAUGUUCCAGAUGUUCCCCUGAUUCCUCCUUUUUUUCUGAGGCAGAGGAAGGAUGACAGGGAUUUGCUGAUGUAAAGGGAGAAUAUGUUGUGGAGCACCUGAGAGAGAGAGAGAGAGAGAGAGAGAGAGAGAGAGACUGUAACUAGUCUCCCAUUUCUAUACAAAUUGUGUUUCCUAAACCUGAACCUUUAUCAGCAGACCCCCCCAGAUGUUAUUAUACAUUGUCAUUAUGUGAAAGCCGCACAGAUUCCAGCUAGUUCUGUUCCUCAGUCGAUUCCAUGUGUAAAUGAGCCCAUGAGAUACCACGUGUACCACGGCAGAUAAUCUAUAUAGUGCAUAUCACAUAGUGUCAGCCUUGUGCUAAAACAUGGAGAUACCACGUGUAACACGGCAGAUAAUCUAUAUAGUGCAUAUCACAUAGUGUCAGCCUUGUGCUAAAACAUGGAGAUACCACGUGUAACACGGCAGAUAAUCUAUAUAGUGCAUAUCACAUAGUGUCAGCCUUGUGCUAAAACAUGGAGAUACCACGCGUAACACGACAGAUAAUCUAUAUAGUGCAUAUCACAUAGUGUCUGCCUUAUACUAAAACAUGGAGAUACCACGUGUAACACGACAGAUAAUCUAUAUAGUGCAUAUCACAUAGUGUCUGCCUUAUACUAAAACAUGGAGAUACCACGUGUAAUACGACGAUAAUCUAUAUAGUGCAUAUCACAUAGUGUCUGCCUUAUACUAAAACAUGGAGAUUCCACGUGUACCACGACAGAUAAUCGUGUCUGCCUUAUACUAAAACAUGGAGAUACCACGUGUACCACGACAGAUAAUCUAUAUAGUGCAUAUCACAUAGUGUCUGCCUUAUACUAAAACAUGGAGAUACCACGUGUAACACGACAGAUAAUCUAUAUAGUGCAUAUCACAUAGUGUCUGCCUUAUACUAAAACAUGGAGAUACCACGUGUAAUACGACGAUAAUCUAUAUAGUGCAUAUCACAUAGUGUCUGCCUUAUACUAAAACAUGGAGAUACCACGUGUACCACGACAGAUAAUCGUGUCUGCCUUAUACUAAAACAUGGAGAUACCACGUGUACCACGACAGAUAAUCUAUAUAGUGCAUAUCACAUAGUGUCUGCCUUAUACUAAAACGUGGAGAUACCACGUGUAACACGGCAGAUAAUCUAUAUAGUGCAUAUCACAUAGUGUCUGCCUUAUACUAAAACAUGGAGAUACCACGUGUAACACGGCAGAUAAUCUAUAUAGUGCAUAUCACAUAGUGUCUGCCUUAUACUAAAACGUGGAGAUACCACGUGUAACACGGCAGAUAAUCUAUAUAGUGCAUAUCACAUAGUGUCUGCCUUGUGCUAAAACAUGGAGAUACCACGUGUACCACGACAGAUAAUCUAUAUAGUACAUAUCACAUAGUGUCUGCCUUGUGCUAAAACAUGGAGAUACCACGUGUAACACGGCAGAUAAUCUAUAUAGUGCAUAUCACAUAGUGUCUGCCUUGUGCUAAAACAUGGAGAUACCACGUGUAACACGGCAGAUAAUCUAUAUAGUGCAUAUCACAUAUUGUCUGCCUUGUGCUAAAACAUGGAGAUACCACGUGUAACACGGCAGAUAAUCUAUAUAGUGCAUAUCACAUACUGGGAAUGUUGUGAGUGAGCUGGCCCUAUGUUAGUGUGUGUGUAAAGCUGUUUUCAUUGUGUUUUCGUGCGCAGUGCUUUCUAUUCGCUGUCUGACUCUGGUUCUUCUUCUUUUGUUUCAGGGAGCAGUCCAUGUCUACGGUGGGAUUCUGUGUGAUCAGUUCUCUGAAGAGGUGUUAUCCGUUAGAGGAUGCAACACACAUUGCUCUCCGUGAGUGCUGCCUCUCGUCACCUGAUAUGAAUAUAGAUUCAUCGUGAAUAAACCUCUUCUACAGAGCCCCAUAUCUAAAGCUGUGUACACGGCUGGAUUGUUAUAAAAGUGAAAUAACUCCCAGUUAUUGUGGUCACAGCUGUUAGCAAGCAGUGGUCACAUGUGAAUUUUAGAACCUGUUUAUCUCAAAAAUGUUUACCAAUAUGUUGCACCCAGUGAUUUCAUUAUUUAGCUGAGCUCUCUGCUAGUGACAUAACUUUCCAGCUCAUAUGACCUGCCAGUGACAUCACUAGUGAUUCUUACCUCACAACGUUCCAGUGACAUCUCUAAACAUCUUCAUGUAUGUGCCCAGCCAGUGUCCUCGCUAGUGAUGUCAUUACCCAGCCAGUGUCCUCGCUGGUGAUGUCAUUACCCAGCCAGUGUCCUCGCUGGUGAUGUCAUGACCCAGCCAGUGUCCUCGCUGGUGAUGUCAUGACCCUUUAUGUUAUUAUUGCUGUUGUGUAUGUAUUUAUAUCACACCUUGUGCUAUAAACUGUGUUCUGUGAAACCUCUGAUGGCUAUGACCUGUAAUUGAUGUUGUUUUGUCUCAGGUACUGUGCGUAGGUUUCUGGAGGUCCAUGGUGCCGCUCUGGAGAAAGUGGUGUUUGCCGUUACAGAGCAGGAGGAGGUAAAUCACCAAAUUGGUAUAACCUUGUGGCAGCUUUGUUCAGUGGUUUAUUUUACUCUGGAAAUGUGAGCUGUUGGUGCUUGCUUGUUUUGGCACAUGUAGUGUCCUAACCGCUCUCUGUGUGUAACGAGAUAAACCAUCGCUCCCCGGGUCCUAACCCCUCUCUGUGUGUAACGAGAUAAACCAUAGCUCCCCUGGUCCUAACACCUCUCUGUGUGUAACAAGAUAAACCAUAGCUCCCCUGGUCCUAACACCUCUCUGUGUGUAACGAGAUAAACCAUCGCUCCCCGGGUCCUAACCCCUCUCUGUGUGUAACAAGAUAAACCAUAGCUCCCCUGGUCCUAACACCUCUCUAACCCCCAAUGUUUCGCCAGGGGUUUUACAUUCAUGUUUCGUGGUCUGUGAGGUACUCCAACUCUGUAACCUCUUAUAAGGUGUGAAUAGGGCAGUUUUCUCCUCCAACAAUGUUAAGAGAAUUCCCAGAAUCCUUUGCCAUCCUUUUAAUGUUGAGCCUAUUAUGUCAGUGACAGCCAGAGGGUCACAUUGUGUCAUUCAUUUCUUAAAUUCUGUGUUUCUCAAUGGUUGUGAAAUUCAGUGAGUGCUGUCACAAUACAGCCUGUGUGUGACGCCAUCCACAGUUACAGACGUGAAGACAUUUUACUGCAAAGAUUUAGUUUUUUUGCCUCUUUAGUGUAUGUACAGAUACAUAUUAAUGACAUAUCUCUGUAUAUCACAUACAUUCUAUUCAAAUCACCUUCCAAAACAGCUCCAAACAGUAAUCCAUUAUUUUUAAAUUAAGAUUCUACUCUGUGAGAGCUGGUAGCUCCUACUCAUGGCUUCUGUUAUCUUUUCUGAGCACAGCCCUGCUGUGCAUUGCUAGCCCAUUGUCUGAGAAUGUCCGCUAUAGUGUGCUGUAGUGGUUAUGGUGCUUGAAGUGUUCGGGCAGGAAUUCUCUCAUUGGCUGAGCGCAAUCACUACAUGCUAUAGCUCUGGAGAGCCGACGGAAGGUUCUGAGCAGGAAUCAAGGAGAAGCGCUGAUGGACUGGAUCAAAGGUUGAACCAAUCUCAAACUGUUUGAGUCCUUACAAACUGAGGGCACCGGGAUGCUCCUCGCACCGUAGCCAAUACUACAGUGGUUCUGGUGGUUAGAGAUAUUGCAUAUAAUCAUGCUAAACACAGUGGGGGAGAAUUAGCGAAAUGUCAGACCGCUUUGCUCCAAUUUUUUCUGCAUUUUUUGAGCAGUUUAAUCAAUCCCUGUGUUUUUACAUCAUUUGGUCCCUUACAAUCAUUUUUGAAUGCGUAUCGUUUUUUGGGGGUUUUUGACAGCGCAAUGGAUUUAUCAGACUGUCACAUUUUCUGUCACAAAGUGUUCUGUUUUAGUUAUCUUUUCUUUUUCUGAAAGGCUGAAUUUGGCGUUCUCUUCUGAAAUGGACAUUUCUAUGUUUUGACAAUUGUAAUAAAUAGGAAAUACUAGAAGCGUAAAACAAGACAUCUUUCAUUGCACUCUGCUCUCCCCCACCAGGUCUUAUCCCAUUAACGCGUCUAUCCUGUGUUGUCCAUUACAGAGCGUAUACAUGCGUUUGCUUCCUGUGUAUUUCCCGCGAUCUUUGGAGGAAGAGCUGCGUUCACGGCCACUUAUACCCCCAGAUAUCGGUAAUGCAGAUGGGGAGCCAGUGGUGCCAGAACGGCAGAUUCGAAUCAGUGAAAAGCCGGUGACAUAUGAAGGUGAGAGUGGGAACUUUAUAAAUUUACUGCCACAAAAACCCCAAAACUGUACCCUCCCCAAAUUGGAGACACAACCACCAAACCAAACCAAAUCUUGUAAUUGGUAAAUAAGUGCCAGUAAUUACUGCCAUGGAAUCGGUAAAUAAGUGCCAGUAAUUACUGCCAUGGAAUCGGUAAAUAAGUGACCGGUAAUUACGGCCAUGGAAAUGGUAAACAAGUGCCGGUUAUUACUGCCAUGGAAAUGGUAAAUAAGUGCCGGUAAUUACUGCCAUGGAGUCGGUAAAUAAGUGACCGGUAAUUACUGCCAUGGAAUCUGUAAAUAAGGGACCGGUAAUUACUGCCAUGGAAUCUGUAAAUAAGGGCCAGUAAUUGCUGCCAUUGGAGUUUUUGUUCUCUGACUGCAGCGGUUUGAUUGAUCGUUGCAGAUGACUCGUCGGAGGACGAAGGGCUGUCUCUGGGCCUGUCUUUCAUCGGAUCUCAUGCGUUUGCUCGAAUGGAGGGAGAUGUGGACAAACAGAGGAGACUUGCCCUCCAGGGGCAGAUGUCUGGGGCAGCUCUACAGAAACAACACCAGAGAAAGUAAGCUUGCUGCGGCCUCCGGGCAAUUAAUACUUUGUGUCUUUCUCUUACUGAGAUGUUGUCUUCGCUGCAUGCAGUCCCAGGGUUUGAUAUGUAAGCUUAGUUUGACAGUCACACUAAGGCAGCAGGUUAGUGUCUGUACCAUCGGUUUACUGACCGCAGCUGGCAUUAUUGCCGAUUAGUGUUGUACACGGCUGGGCUUUGGGGGCAUUACAGGAACACUGGCCAGACUCCCAUCGUGGCACACAGAGGGCUGUUUAUAUUGCGCUAUGCUGCUCUGCACUGAAAUAGUCCAUUGGUUUCCACGAUGUCCCACACUUUAAUUCUUAUAGAUACAGUCUGGGGAGAGGACAAACAAUCUGUUCUCUCACCAGCUUUUACCAAGUCUGGCCAAUCCGCUGCUAAGCUGAUCCUUUCUGUGAUGUGUUAGUAGGGUGGAGACAUUUCACAGAACCCUUCAAACCAUUCCGUUAAUGCGUAUUGGAAUAAAAUAUCAGACAGAAUGGUACCUCAACAAAUCAUUUUAUAAAUCCUAUAAAAAUACUUACAGAUUUAUGUAUUAAAGUGAGUGUUGUCGGGAAUUCAAACUGAUUUGAAAUUUUAAAACCAAAGGAACUGAAAUGAAAAAAAUAGUUUACUUGAAGAAUAUUUUAGUUCGACUUCUUGGUCCUUCAAUUUGAAAUGAACGUUGAGUUUGUGGCCAUUGUCAGCUUGAAUAACCUGUUGGCUGUUAGCAUUGGCGGUUAGCUGCAAUGUGGGUCUCAGUGCUGUGUUUUCCCUUCUAGUUAUAAUCGCUGGCUUUCCCGAGCUCGCACUGAGGACCUCUCGGACAUCGCUGCUCUCAAAGCGCUAUACCAGUCUGGUGAGUCUGACUCUUUCUAUAUAAACCUGCCCUCACACUGCGCUGAGGCAAAUUGUGGAUUACAGUAACUGGGAGUUUUCUAAAAUACACUGUGCUUUUUAUAUCUGUUUGGCCUGGAAACACAAUUCGUUCUCAGUAUAAAGGCUGUUCCUGAUCCCAUUAUUACCAUUUGGGGUACACUGAGUCAAAAUUCUUGACAAAUUUCGUUUUUUCCUUAUGAACUGAAUUCUCUGUCGUAUUAAGCCAUCACAUUAUAAUGUAGCAUGCAGCACACUCUGUCCCUUGUUAUAAUCAUGCAGUCCUGUGUUCUAAUUUGGCCUGCAGCACAGUCAGUCCUUGAGGGCCACACAGUCACUGAUGGCUCACAUCUGUCUAUGUUACGGUUUGCUUAUAGGCGUGGAUAACUGCGGCAGAACAGUCAUUGUGGUCGUAGGAAGAAACAUUCCUGUGUUACUAAUUGACAUGGAGAAGGUGAGGGGGUCCAUGGGGUGUAUUUCCUUAAGGUUAUUAAGUAUACUGAGAUAUUACACAUAAUCUCCUUUCCUUGUCCCUAAAUGUUUACACACUGGAUUGCAAUUUGUAGGACGUAGUUUUUUUUUGCUGCUCAAUGCACAUGUUGUGUGUUCCUGUAUGUAACGUGUAUGCUGUACCCGAUCUCACAGUCUGUAUGUAACGUGUAUGCUGUACCCGAGCGCACAGUCUGUGUUCCUGUAUGUAACGUUUAUGCUGUACUGGAUGUAACGUGUAUGCUGUACCCGAGCUCAGUCUGUGUGUUCCUGUAUGUAACAUGUAUGCUGUACCCGAGCUCACAGUCUGUGUGUUCCUAUAUGUAACGUGUAUGCUGUACCCGAGCUCAGUCUGUGUGUUCCUGUAUGUAACGUGUAUGCUGUACCCGAGCUCAGUCUGUGUGUUCCUGUAUGUAACGUGUAUGCUGUACCCGAGCUCACAGUCUGUGUGUUCCUAUAUGUAACGUGUAUGCUGUACCCGAGCUCAGUCUGUGUGUUCCUGUAUGUAACGUGUAUGCUGUACCCGAGCUCACAGUCUGUGUGUUCCUGUAUGCAACGUGUAUGCUGUACCCGAGCUCACAGUCUGCGUGUUCCUGUAUGUAACGUGUAUGCUGUACCCGAGCUCACAGUCUGUGUGUUCCUGUAUGUAACGUGUAUGCUGUACCCGAGCUCACAGUCUGUGUGUUCCUGUAUGUAACGUGUAUGCUGUACCCGAGCUCACAGUCUGUGUGUUCCUAUGUAACGUGUAUGCUGUACCCGAGCUCACAGUCUCUAUGUAACGUGUAUGCUGUACCCGUACAGUCUGUGUGUUCCUGAGCUCACAGUCUGUGUGUUCCUGUAUGUAACGUGUAUGCUGUACUGUAUGUAACGUGUAUGCUGUACCCGAGCUCACAGUCUGUAUGUAACGUGUAUGCUGUACCCGAGCUCACAGUCUGUAUGUAACGUGUAUGCUGUACCCGAGCUCACAGACUCUUUCUGUGUCAGGCACUGCUGUACUUCAUUCACAUGAUGGAUCAUGUUGCUGUCAAAGAGUACGUCCUGGUUUAUUUCCACACUCUUACUGGUGAUCACAACCACCUGGAUUCGGACUUCCUCAGGAACAUACAUGACAUUGUGGAUGCCAAGUAAGUGUUAUACUUGUAUUCACACAUUUCAGUCUGUCAGUGCUCGUCUUUCAGUCGGUGCGGCCUGCGCGCUCGGCGCUCAGUCGGUGCAGCCUGCGCGCUCAGUCGGUGCUGCCUGCGCGCUCGGUGCUCAGUCGGUGCGGCCUGCGCGCUCGGCGCUCAGUCGGUGCGGCCCGCGCGCUCGGUGGGUGCGGCCCGCGCGCUCGGUGGGUGCGGCCCGCGCGCUCGGUGGGUGCGGCCUGCGCGCUCGGUGCUCAGUCGGUGCGGCUUGCGCGCACGGCGCUCAGUCGGGAAAGAAUAUUAGGGGAAUUUACACAGAUGUGUGUAUAGUAAUUAUAUAUAAAAUUAUACCUCACGGAUUUGGCCUUAUUAGACACAAACCUAAAACUAAGGUAAUCUGGUGUGCGGUAAUAAAUACUGAGAGUAAAAUUAUUAAUAAGCCUUUACAUGUCUUGUGUCGGGGUCAUCGCGUUCAUGUAUCAAUCUGGAUUCUAAUUCCGUUUCUGGAUUGAAGCUGGCAGUGUGAUUCCUGUUUUGGCACAGAACCUGCACCCAAUGUUCACAUAAAUGAAUCCCAUGACACCUGCGGGGUUACUGCACCAGCUAAUGAUUUACAGGAAAUGUUCCUUCAUUGCUAGCUAUGUGUAGUAUCCCCGCAGGGCUCUAGGUGGCAGUAGAUGUACAUUUAUCAUUGGUUAGUAGCAGAAUAUGACCAAGCCUCAAAUAACUAUCAUGGCGUUAGAUUAAAGGGAAUCUGUAAAGGAAAAACAAACUCCCAUAUAUAUGGAAUCCAUCAUAUAUUCCAUGUAAAUUAUCCAGGUAUACUCACACCUCUCCUCUCUUCCAGAGCUUUGUGGAUGAUACUCCUCAUGUAAGCCACUUGCUCGUAGGGCAAACCUCUUCUGUGACCCCAACUCGCCCUGUCUAUUCCCCUAUACUUCCUGUCGGCUAGGGAGUUACCAUAGCAACCACAGUGCAUGCGCAGAUCGUCAGUCUAGCCAAAGAUUUGAUUGGGAAGAGCGAGAGAGACAAUUUUAAAUAGGUUUUGCUCCCAGUCUAAUCAUUUCUCGGCACAAUGUAGAGAUAGAAUUUCCAAAGAGAAUGAGUGGUUUAAUGAAUGAUUCUACAACAUAACAAAUUAUCUCAGUGGAGCCAUUCAUUGGCACUAAUUUGCUUAUAAUAAAUUAAAUUCUAUAAAACCCAUCGUUAGCCCCUUCCCAGUGUCAGAGGAGUCUUCACAAUAUGCCUGGAGUCUUAUGAACAUAUUACUUCUAAACAUUCGAUACCUGUAUUUAGAUUCCACCUCAAGUCAAGAAUCACUGCCUUUAAUGUAGUUGUUCUUUUGUCCUGUAGGCGGUGACAGUCCAGCAUUUAGAAUGUUUCUUGUGGUAUAUUAAUGCUUUCGUGGCAAGAAGUAAGUAUUUUUAUAUCGGGGCAGUCCAGGCAAGUUGAAUCAUGAAUGAAUUAAUUUUCUCUGCCCCUUUACGGUACGCUAUAGUUACCAAAACACGUUUAGAUUAAUUAAGCAGUUUAGGUGUAUAGAUCAUGCCCCACUGUCUCGCUUCUUAAUUAUCGUCAAUUGUCAAGUUAAAGUACUUUUUUUAUGCCGCCCUAGUCACACCUCCCCUGACUGUGACUCUCACAAUCUUCCUACAGACCGCAAAGAGAGAUAUAAUGUUUAAACUUCCUUUAUUGCACAGUGUGUUUAAUUUAGAAUUUAUUAUCUGCUUUUCUGUUAAUUGCUUGCUAAACCUUGCAGGAACCUUGUGUGUGGUUAAACCUCAAUUCACAGUAGCAGACAAUAAAGACUUCUGAUGUAAACACACUGUUCUGUCCCACCUGUGCUAGGUGUGGCUAGGGCUGCAAAAACAGAAACAAAAGUGAUUUAGCUCCUAAAUGGCAGAGAAUUGAGCAGUGUGACUACAGGGGCGUGAUCUACACACCAAAACUGCGUCAUUAAGUUGUUUUGGUGCUUGGAGUGUCCCUUUAAAUCACUAAAUGUUCAAAUACCCAGAGGGAUUAGGAUACUGCAGAAGUACUGAAAGAGAUUCAUAGAUCCAGGGAUUCCUUGUGUUAAUCUGCUAUAAUUUCACAGUUGUGGGGAUUCAUUGUGUUAAUCUGCUAUAAUUUCACAGUUGUGGGGAUUCAUUGUGUUAAUCUGCUAUAAUCUCACAGCUGUGGGGAUUCAUUGUGUUAAUCUGCUAUAAUUUCACAGCUGUGGGGAUUCAUUGUAUUAAUCUGCUAUAAUCUCACAGCUGUGGGGAUUCGUUGUGUUAAUCUGCUAUAAUUUCACAGCUGUGGGGAUUCAUUGUGUUAAUCUGCUAUAAUUUCACUGCUGUGGGGAUUCAUUGUGUUAAUCUGCUAUAAUUUCACUGCUGUGGGGAUUCAUUGUGUUAAUCUGCUAUAAUUUCACUGCUGUGGGGAUUCAUUGUGUUAAUCUGCUAUAAUCUCACAGCUGUGGGGAUUCAUUGUGUUAAUCUGCUAUAAUUUCACAGCUGUGGGGAUUCAUUGUGUUAAUCUGCUAUACUCUCACAGCUGUGGGGAUUCGUUGUGUUAAUCUGCUAUAAUUUCACAGCUGUGGGGAUUCGUUGUGUUAAUCUGCUAUAGAUUCACUGCUCUGUGGGUUCAUGGGUGCAUGUGCCAAUUAAGUUAAUGGUGUGUUUUGUUUGCAAGCUGUACAACGCUCCUCCACAUGUUACCACGAGAAAUCAUGCAGACUCUUUGUUUCAAGUACUCCAAUAUUUAAACACGUUUACCCUUAUUGUUUCUGAAGGGCAAAGAUUAAUGUGCCUGCGCGUGUUUAAUGUGCCUGCGCGUGUUUAAUGUGCCUGCGCGUGUGUUACACUUGUGCAUUUUCGUUUCAAGCUAAUUUUGUGAUUCGUCCAAAUUUUGGGGGAUUGUCGGGUCAUCCAGAUAAUACUCUUUUUUCCCUCUCACUUCAUCUGUGAACCAAAUGGAUGUAAAAUGUGCCUACCUGCGUUCCGAGAUAUAUAAAUAAUAAUUAUUUAUUGCAGUACACUGGUUAAUUUUUAUUUUUAAUUUUUUUUUUUACAUGUUUUCUCGGAUAUAUAUAUAUAUAUAUUUUUAACAAGCUAAAUCACCACGAUACUACAAAAACCAAACCUUUUCUGGAUGAAUUGAUUCAGCUAACACACGUUUCUUCACUGUCACAAGUCCUGUGUGUAUAAAUUCUCGUUUAUUCAGAAGGUAAAGCUUUAUUGAAUAGAGCCGUAUCAUUCAUACACCCAUGCUGUACAGCCUGAGAUUUACCAUUUAUCCCCACGAUGAUACUGCUUCGGGUAUAAAAGUUCCUUUCCACAGACAAUAACCACUUCUUCUUGUGCAUAGUGUGUUAUGUUAUGUUCCAAGGUAAGGUUGGCAGCGCAAUGUGAAUCGUAAUAAGGUUGGUAGAGCGAGCCUUUCAUAAUAAGGAUGGCAGUGUGCGCAUUUCGUGGUAAAGUCUGCGGUGUGCGCAUUUCGUAGUAAGGUCUGCGGUGUGCGCAUUUCGUAGUAAGGUCUGCGGUGUGCGCAUUUCGUGGUAAGGUCUGCGGUGUGAGCAUUUCGUGGUAAGGUCGGCGGUGUGAGCAUUUCGUGGUAAGGUCAGCAGUGUGCGCAUUUCGUGGUAAGGUCGGUGGUGUGAGCAUUUUGUGGUAAGGUCUGCGGUGUGAGCAUUUCGUGGUAAGGUCUGCGGUGUGAGCAUUUCGUGGUAAGGUCUGCGGUGUGAGCAUUUCGUGGUAAGGUCUGUGGUGUGAGCAUUUCGUGGUAAGGUCGGCGGUGUGAGCGUUUCUUGGUAAGGUCGGCGGUGUGAGCGUUUCGGGUAAGGUCGGCGGUGUGAGCGUUUCUUGGUAAGGUCGGCGGUGUGAGCGUUUCUUGGUAAGGUCGGCGGUGUGAGCGUUUUGUGGUAAGGUCGGCGGUGUGAGCGUUUUGUGGUAAGGUCGGCGGUGUGAGCGUUUCGUGGUAAGGUCGGCGGUGUGAGCGUUUUGUGGUAAGGUUGGUGGUAUGAGCAUUUCGUGGUAAGGUCGGCAGUGUGAGCGUUUCUUGGUAAGGUCGGCGGUGUGAGCGUUUCGUGGUAAGGUCGGCGGUGUGAGCGUUUCUGGUAAGGUCGGCGGUGUGAGCGUUUUGUGGUAAGGUCGGCGGUGUGAGCGUUUCGUGGUAAGGUCGGCGGUGUGAGCGUUUCGUGGUAAGGUCGGCGGUGUGAGCGUUUCGUGGUAAGGUCGGCGGUGUGAGCGUUUUGUGGUAAGGUCGGCGGUGUGAGCGUUUUGUGGUAAGGUCGGCGGUGUGAGCGUUUUGUGGUAAGGUCGGCGUUGUGAGCGUUUCGUGGUAAGGUCAGCGGUGUGAGCGUUUUGUGGUAAGGUCAGCGGUGUGAGCAUUUCGUGGUAAGGUCGGCGGUGUGAGCAUUUCGUGGUAAGGUCGGCGGUGUGAAUGCUUUAAGAUGUUCUGACUACCUGUACGUUGGACUGGUCUGCCUACACAGUGUCUGCCUUGCACAAGUUCGCAUUAAAACUAUGUUUCUGGCUUUCUAGGUAUAAGAAGAAUUUGAAGGCUCUCUACUUCGUCCAUCCAACAUUUCGCUCCAAGGUAGGAAUAAUAUCACCAGCGAGACACUAUACUUACCUAAUACUUAGCUAAUUACCGGCUAAUUACUGGGGAAUGUUAGAAGCUAUGAUCAGUAUAUGAUUUAUUUGGGCAGGUAAAGAUCUGAUAAUACUAAUCCCCGAAAACCAACUGAUUACACCGGAUUAUAUAUUGAAGAUAAUUUAGAAACUUUAUUUUAUACAAUGUUGUAGAAAAAUAUAUAUAUUAACUAUAAAAUUCAGUACCACGGUCUGUACUGACCGAUCGCAGAGAAUAGAUUGAGCCACGUUCUGUACUGACCGAUCCCACAGAAUAGAUUGAGCCACCGGCCUGUACUGACCAAUCCCACAGAACAGAUUGAGCCACCGGCCUGUACUGACCGAUCCCACAGAAUAGAUUGAGCCACGACCUGUACUGACGCAGAUAAUAGAUUGAGCCACGGCCUGUACUGACCGAUCACAAAAAAUAGAUUGAUACAGCCACGGCCUGUACUGACCGAUCGCAGAGAAGAGAUUGAUAGAGCCAUGGCCUGUAUUGACCGAUCGCAGAUAAUAGAUUGAUAAAGCCACGGCCUGUACUGACCGAUCGCAGAGAAGAGAUUGAUAGAGCCAUGGCCUGUAUUGACCGAUCGCAGAUAAUAGAUUGAUAGAGCCACGGCCUGUACUGACCGAUCGCAGAGAAUAGAUUGAUAGAGCCACUGCCUGUACUGACCGAUUGCAGAGAAUAGAUUGAUCGAGCCACGGCCUGUACUGACCGAUCGCAGAGAAUAGAUUGAUAGAGCCAUGACCUGUACUGACCGAUCGCAGAGAAUAGAUUGAUAGAGCCAUGGCCUGUACUGACCGAUUGCAGAGAAUAGAUUGAUAGAGCCACGGCCUGUACUGACCGAUCGCAGAGAAUAGAUUGAUAGAGGCCUGGCCUGUACUGACCGAUUGCAGAGAAUAGAUUGAUAGAGCCACGGCCUGUACUGAGCGAUCGCAGAGAAUAGAUUGAUAGAGCCACGGCCUGUACUGACCGAUCGCAGAGAAUAGAUUGAUACAGCCACUGCCUGUACUGAGCGAUCGCAGAGAAUAGAUUGAUAGAGCCACUGCCUGUACUGACCGAUCGCAGAGAAUAGAUUGAGCCACGGCCUGUACUGACCGAUCACAAAAAAUAGAUUGAUACAGCCACGGCCUGUACUGACCGAUCGCAGAGAAGAGAUUGAUAGAGCCAUGGCCUGUACUGACCGAUCGCAGAGAAUAGAUUGAUAGAGCCACUGCCUGUACUGACCGAUCGCAGAGAAUAGAUUGAUAGAGCCAUGGCCUGUACUGAGCGAUCGCAGAGAAUAGAUUGAUAGAGCCACUGCCUGUACUGACCGAUCGCAGAGAAUAGAUUGAUAGAGCCAUGGCCUGUACUGACCGAUUGCAGAGAAUAGAUUGAUAGAGCCACUGCCUGUACUGACCGAUUGCAGAGAAUAGAUUGAUAGAGCCAUGGCCUGUACUGACCGAUUGCAGAGAAUAGAUUGAUAGAGCCAUGGCCUGUACUGACCGAUCGCAGAGAAUAGAUUGAUAGAGCCACUGCCUGUACUGACCGAUUGCAGAGAAUAGAUUGAUAGAGCCACUGCCUGUACUGACCGAUUGCAGAGAAUAGAUUGAUAGAGCCAUGGCCUGUACUGACCGAUUGCAGAGAAUAGAUUGAUAGAGCCACUGCCUGUACUGACCGAUUGCAGAGAAUAGAUUGAUAGAGCCAUGACCUGUACUGACCGAUCGCAGAGAAUAGAUUGAUAGAGCCACUGCCUGUACUGACCGAUUGCAGAGAAUAGAUUGAUAGAGCCACUGCCUGUACUGACCGAUUGCAGAGAAUAGAUUGAUAGAGCCAUGGCCUGUACUGACCGAUUGCAGAGAAUAGAUUGAUAGAGCCAUGGCCUGUACUGACCGAUUGCAGAGAAUAGAUUGAUAGAGCCAUGGCCUGUACUGACCGAUCGCAGAGAAUAGAUUGAUAGAGGCCUGACCUGUACUGACCGAUCGCAGAGAAUGGAUCGAUAACUCUUGGAUCCAAUUUAAAGACUAAUAGCAAACUUUACAAUAUUGGGAUGUGAAAGCCAACUAUUUAGGCGCUCAGCCAGGCAUCUCCACUUCAGAAAUUGAUUAAAUAUAAUCCUCGUCAACUCAAUCUUGGCUGAAAUUCAGUUUGUGCAUAUUUCUGUCCCAUAUUUAAUUAAUUGCAGCCCACCAUACACAGAGCCUCACAUGUAGCCGUGGAGAUGAUUUAAAGUGCCAGCAGUUAAUAGCACGACGCCGCUCGGAAGCUUUAGCACAUUGGAAAUUCAACCUUUUAAUACCUACCGCCCACUCUUGUAUCUUUGUUGAUGGUAACAUUUCCUUACUGCCCACCAGUGCCGCAGUAACUAAUUUUAUAGAGCAAGUGCAAAUUUUUUUUAUUUUUUAUUAUUACUUAUUUUAAAAGUGUUUUGUUUUGUUUUUUCUGUUUUUUUUCUAUGUCUGUGAGUGAAGGGUGGUGUGUGUGUGUGUGAGGGGGCAGUGUGUGUGUGUUUAUGUGUGAGGGGGCAGUGUGCUGUUUGUGUGUAAGGAAGCCAUGUGUGUGUAAGGGGGCAGUCUGUGUAUGUGUGUGUUUUUGAAGGGUGCAUAGGGUCUAUGCUGUGUAUAGGUGGGUGAGAUGUGAAAAUGUAUCUUAAUAUCUCCCCCCUUAUUUUUUCUUACCUUUUACCCAAGAAGUCCUGGUGGUCCAGUGGUGGCAUGUUCUCUUUAGCCUGCAGCUCCUCCUGCUACAGGCUGACUCUCCUGUCCUCCUGCUAGCGCAGCACUGUAUCAGAAAGUUGCCAUAGUAACACACGGAAAUGCUCCCAGGACCUUCCCUUACUCUGCUGGAGCUAAGUGCCAGCAGGUCAGUGAAGAGGAUCUUUGAUCUCCUGACCAGCCCGAGAGGGCUUACAGCAAGGCUGGCUCUGCAUGGGCCGGGAGGGGAGAUGAAAGGAUCUCCCCUGCCGGCCUUGGUGCACAGCCAUCGUGGCCCACUGGAUUUUUUUUCUGCAGAACCCACCACCGCCCACCUGAAAUCCUAAACCGCCCACUAGUGUAGGGACCAGGUUGACUACCCCUGCUCUAGGCGGUACAGGUGUACUCAGCGUAACAUGAUCCCUGACAUUUAAAGCACAGCUUUCCAGAAACCCAGCAAACAGCCCUCCCUGUUUAUUGCUAAUAUUGCUGUCAGUCUGCCGGUGUCAAUAACGAGCGCCAUGGCUAUUAUCAAUUGUUACACCAUACAUUCCCCUGUCACCGAAUUAACCCUGGCUGCGGAUUGGUGGCAGGGCAGCAAGAGAGAAUCUGGAAUUAGAAAUCCAUCUGUGUGCGUAUUAAUGAGUUCACAAAUGGCUCAGAAUUAGUUCAUAGGAUAAAAUGCCCUGUCACACGCAGUUUGUUACCCUCUGACCUCUCCCGGCACGCGAUAUUUAGCAAAAUCUCACUAGAUUUCGAACCAGAGUUAGGUCACGUGCUAUAAUUAGUAUUAAAUCCUGCAUCACCAGGAAUGUCAGCCUUGUUUAUCAUUUAACCUAAACUUCUCCGAGAGACACCAUCACCACAUAAAAUACUCUUGGAGCGGUUCAUUCCGUGGGCAAUCUCCUAUUGCUUGCGCUGCGCUAGGCUCCCAAAUUGGGACAGUGUUGCUGCUGAGGGCCCUUUACACAUCGAUUAACCGCUAUUGACAACUGGUCUAUAAUUUGGGAUAUUGGAGGCUGCAUAUUCGUUUAGUACUCGUUCUCAACCUGGUCAUCUCCAUGGUGAUCUCCAGCUCCAUUAUAGAACCAUUAUCCAUGCAUUUUUAUUUAUUUUCUUGGCUUGAUGUAGAAUAAGACCAUGGGCUCCAGCAGUAUUGGGGAUUGGACAUAGGGCUAGAUGUGAGAGUGAUUGAGUAGGACACUCAAUGACCAUCUCGAGUUCCCGUGAUCACACCACCGUUGAUGUACACCAGUACUUUUGGAUUGUGAUCCACUCCUUUCUUUUUUCAUUUUUUUUAUUCAUCGUUCUAAUUAACUCAUUACUUUCAUUUUUAUUACAUUUUAAUUGAAUGUGAUUAUGGCUCUUGAUGCCGCCUCUCACUAUACUUUGUCUUUAUUUAUUUUUCUUUAAGGUUUCCACAUGGUUUUUCACGACUUUCACAGUGUCUGGUCUGAAGGACAAGGUUCACCAGGUAGAGAGCUUGCACCAGCUCUUCACGGCCAUCUCCGUAGAGCAGAUUGAAAUCCCUCCAUUCGUCCUGGAUUAUGAUGCCCGGGUAAGUGCUCGGGAGGACUUCAUGUGCCCCUGCUACCACAGUUAUUCACGGCUCACCCCCGGGUUUAACUGACAGACACAGGAUAUUACAAGUCUCAGAGUUCUGGGCUCAUUCCCUGUAAAUGGGGGUUUCAGCAUGGUCACUGGGUCUGCUGGUCAGAAUCCGUCUCAGGUAUAUGAUAAAUUACAGUUAUCAGAAUUUUCUAUUCUUCCUGUUAGCCACUCGAAUUUGUUACUUUAUUUUUAAUGUUUUUAUUUUUUUUGCAGUACUAUAAAUAUAUAUAUUAAAGUGUAGAGAAUGAACAGUCAAAAUUGAAAAGUACAAUAUUGCUGUAAAUAAUAUAACCGAUAAAGAGAAUAUAACAAUAUAAGGCUCCAGUGGGCACCAUAGGGCACAGUACCAGUAGUAGCUAUCUCUCAUGUUUUGUUUUUUUCCGCUCUGAUAUAGAAUUACAUUGUUUUAGUAACAUGUUUUUUUAUUCUGACAGGAAAAUGGUCCCUUCUUCCCUUCAAAUUCAUUCUCCGGCCUCUGACCUUCGCUUCUUAGAGACUGUUUGGGAUAAGCCAGCCUCUCCUGUGCGUUGGGAUAUUGGGGUACAGCCAAGGACUGGUCCCUCUGGACGGAUGAUGCUGUGUAGACGUGGGCUGUGACCCUCCCUGACCUGGUGAUGUCAGAGAUAUUAUUCACAUAUUGCUAUGGCAGAUAGUGGGCUGCUACAUUUUAUUUAUAAUAUCUGUUCCCGUGUAAAUAAACCGCCUGGAAAAUCUGUCAUUCCAGCAUUUCCCAGUGGAGUCGGAUUCACACAGACUGCACUGUUCAUUGGACGAUUGUCCGAUUGUUUUCUGAAUAAAGUCCCUUACAAUGUGUGCUUUUUUUAUGGAUUGGGCAAUUCUCUGGAAGACCUGAUUUCAGCACAGCACCGAUUUAUAGCUCCAUUAACUGUGAAACGAUAAACUAAAUCCCUUUUUUUUUCCGAUUUCUAGAUCUUUCCUUUGCGAUGUAGAAUUUCAGAUUGUUCCUGUAUUAAAUAUUACAAGUGGAGGGUGCUAUGCCUUCCAUGCUGGCUUAGCCAGUGCAGGACAACUUACCGUUUACUGAAAUGUACAGAUUGGACAGGUUUGGAAUAAAAUACAUUUCUGUGAUUAAUAAAUAUAUUUGAAGAAGAGUGUUGCUCUGUAUGAUAAGAAUGUGGUUCUCCCUGAGUUUAGGCUGACACAGAUGAAAUAGUUGUUAUAUUUGUAGC